UUAGAUAAGAAAUUAUUAAUUAAUGGACCGAUACCGGAGGGUUGAGAAGCCUAAGGUCGAUACACCACCAAUUCAGGCAAACGAAAUCCGAAUUACAAGCCAGGGGAGGAUGCGAAACUAUAUCACUUAUGCAAUGACCUUGCUCCAAGACAAAGGAUCGAAUGAAAUUGUUUUCAAAGCUAUGGGUAGAGCCAUCAACAAAACUGUAACUAUCGUCGAGUUGAUCAAGCGUAGGAUUGUUGGUCUUCACCAAGUUACAUCGAUUUGUUCCACUGAUAUAACUGAUAACUGGGAGCCAAUAGAAGAAGGGCUUGACCCUGUGGAAACCACAAGGCAUGUUUCAAUGAUUACCAUUAUUCUGUCAAAGACAGAACUAGAUAUGUCUUCCAUUGGGUACCAGGCUCCACUACCUGCAAAUGAGGUGAAGACGGGAUAUGAGUUUGAUGACGAUGGAGGUUAUGCAGAAGAAUCUUCAAGUGGUUGUCGUGGAAGGGGCCGUGGUGGUGGUCGUGGGAGAGGAAGAUCCAGAUCAUAUGGUAAUGGAUUUAUGUAUGGUGAGUAUGAUGAUGGAGGUUGGGAUGAUGAAAAUCAGGGCUAUGGCCGAGGAAGGGGGCGUGGAGGAGGCCGUAACUUUCGUGGUCGUGGUAGAGGAGGCUACAAUGGCCCUCAAUUCGAUAACAAUGAUUCUUCCUUCUAUCAGGGCCGUGGUAGAGGACGAGGAAGGGGAAACCGGGGCUUUAGAUCUGUUGGCGAUGCUUAAUCGAAUUCGACGAGGAUUGUUUGUUUCAGACUCUCUUUGAUUUGCAUGCAUGCUCCAUAUAUCCUUUUUAGAUGUGUUGGGGGGCUUAUUUCUUAGGAGUUCAUUUAAGUGUUGGAGAUAAAUGAGCUGCAUAUUCUUUUAUUCAAAAUAAAAUUAUAAUUGAUUUUGUGAUGAGAGUAUUGGAAUUGAUUCAUUGAAAGUGGUGGAAGAAUGUUCUUAUGUAUGUUUGCCAAAUUUAUGAUAGAUUUUG